CAGUGGAGCUGGCCUCGGCACCGGGAGAGGCUGGACUUCCCGUCUCUCUGUGCUGAAUGGCUGCGAUGGCGCCCGCUCUCACUGACGCAGCAGCUGAAGCUCACCACAUCCGAUUCAAGCUGGCUCCCCCGUCCUCCACCUUGUCGCCUGGCAGUGCCGAGAGCAACGGCAACGCCAACAACAUCCUCCUGGCUGCCAACGGCACCAAAAGGAAAGCCAUUGCUCCGGAGGAUCCCAGUUUAGAUUUCCGAAACAACCCUACGAAGGAAGAGCUGGGCAAGCUGCAGCCGCUAGUGGCCUCUUAUCUCUGCUCGGAUGUAACAUCUGUUUCUUCAAAAGAGCCUCUGAAGCUGCAAGGAGUCUUCAACAAGCAGACAGUCCUUAAAUCUCACUCUCUCUUAUCUCAGUCCUUCUUGAAAACAAGUGAUCUGUUGGGGAGGCAACCUGUGUUGGAAUUCACUUUGGAGAAUCUAAAAACAAUGAGUACUAAUAGCCAGCCACCUCUCCCUCAAGCGCCUGUAAAUGGCUUGGCCAAGAAAUUGGCCAAAAGUACCAAUUCAGACCAUGAAAACUCUAGUUCUCUGAACGGUGGGAAGUGUGCUCCUCCUUCUGUUGCCCUCCAGGGUGUUGACUAUAAUGCAGGAGGCUCUGAAUUGGGGGACUUGAAGACCGGCUUGACCAAUUGCACUCUUCCACAUAGAAGCCUUGAUGCAGAGCACACAACUCCAUUUAGCAAUAAUAGCACUGCAAACAAAUCUUCCCUUAAUUCCACGGAGCAGCAACGGGUGCUUGAGGGUGGCAGUGGAGAGACUAGGUUGCCCGGUGUUGCUAGUCACUCUGACUUUGGGAGCAGUAAGUUGGAGGAGCAGAAACCUUCUCUGUCGGCCGGUCACCACAGUGCUCUCGACUCCGAGAUGAGGACGAGGGCGUUGCUGCGACGGCAGGCAGACAUUGAGAACCGUGCCCGCAGGCUGCAGAAACGCUUGCAGGUGGUGCAGGCAAAGCAGGUGGAGAGACACAUCCAGCAGCAGUUGGGUGGCUUCUUGGAGAAAACUCUGAGCAAGCUUCCAACUUUGGACCCCCUGAGGCAUCGGAGCCAGCUGAUGUUGACCAGAAAAGCAGAAGCAGCCUUGAGGAAAGCUGCGAGUGAGACAGUUACUUCAGAAGGCCUAAGCAGCUUCUUGAAGAGCGAUUCAAUAUCGGAAGAACUGGAGAGAUUCACGGCCAGUGGUAUGGCCAACUUGAGAUCCAGUGAACAAGCGUUUGACUCGGAUGUCACUGACAGCAGCUCGGGAGGAGAGUCUGACGUUGAAGAAGAGGAACUGACCAAAGCAGACCCGGAACAACCCCACGUACCGCUGAGGCGAAGGGCAGAGUGGAGAUGGGCAGCAGACCGUGCAGCCAUCGUCAGUCGCUGGAAUUGGCUCCAAGCCCACGUCUCGGACCUGGAAUACCGAAUCCGGCAGCAAACGGACAUUUACAAGCAGAUUAGAGCCAAUAAGGGGCUGAUAGUUCUUGGUGAAGCAUCACCCCCUGAUCCUGCAGUAGAUGAUGCAUCCCGUCCCGUUAGUGCUGAAGUUAAGCUGGAGCCUGGGGCUGACCGGCUGAGUGUUUCUGGAUCCCAGCCACUAGAGAACUUGGGUAUUUCAGCUGCAAAUACUCCUGAAUCCCAUCCUGCCAAGCCCUGUGGAGCACCAAGACCCGUCAAUGGAGUUAUUAACACUCUUCAGCCUGGCCUGGCAGAACAUGCUCAGGGAGAUGGCCAGGAAGCUGAGGAGCUCUUGCAUAAAAAGCAACGACUGAACAUGGUUUCUUCAUCUUCGGAUGGAACGUGUGUAGCAGCUCGCACUCGCCCAGUACUGAGCUGUAAGAAGCGACGGCUUGUUCGACCCAGCAGCAUUAUGCCCCUUUCCAAAAAGGUCUAUCGGAACAGCCUGGUGCGAUGUAGCUGCGAUGUGAACCCUUCUUGUGCUCUGUGUGGCACUCGAAGCUCGACGACUCUGGAAAUCCAGUAUGAUGCCCCGUUGCUGGAGCGCCUCUCCCAACUGGACUCGUGUAUUCAUCCUGUCCUGUCAUUCCCAGAUGAUGUGCCGACGAGCCUGCACUUCCAGAGCAUGUUGAAAUCUCAGUGGCAGAACAAACCCUACGAGAAAAUUAAACCUCCCAAAAAGCUCUCGCUCAAGCACAGAGCCCCCAUGCCUACCAGCAGCCUGUCUGACCCUGCUCGCAAGGACCGCCACAAGCUGGUGAAUUCCUUCUUCACUGCAGCCAAGCGCUCACAUCAAAAAAUCCAACCAGACAAGGCACACAGGCCGCCUUUAGACGAUUUUACGGCCGUGUCCAAGGCCGAGAGAGCGCCAGAGCGCUCGCUUGUCCAGCCUCCUGCCUAUGACAAAAAGCGAUUGCGAGACUGCUCAUCUGAGAGGAGUGAAG